GAGCGCCACGACCGUGGCCAGGCGCUCCUAUUGCAACGGCCACGGGCCGCGGCUCCCCCUAAUUUCUGAUUUAUUUUUAAAAAAAAAAAUUUGAAAAUAUUUCUAUAUAUACCUAAAAUUCAAAUCUUAUUUUUACUCUACUCUCACACACAAUUUACCCUAUUCCCUUCAAAUAUAACCCUAUAUAUAAUACAACGAAGAUUUGGUUUUCGAUUUAGUUUUCAUUAAAUUGUGCAUUAUAUUAAUUAUUAUAGUCUAACAAUUUUUAUUGUAGUAAAAUUAAAAUAUAAACAAAAUGGUAAAAAUAAAUGAUAGAGUGGCUUGGGUAUGUCCACCAUAGUGCAAAACAUGGGCGUUGAUGGCCCGGCCACGAUUUUGUGGCUUGGCCACGUUUUAUGGCUUGGCCCUGCCAACUAUAUUGGACACUCUUAGGUCAUCACUGUCCUAAAACAAAAUUGUUGUAUCAAUUUGGUGAAAAUAUUAAGAACAAUAAAAAUACCCACACCAUUUGUGAAAUCAUCAAUGCCUCUAUUUAGUGGAAUGAUUUUCUGCCCAAAAUAUUGCAGGAAUAGUGAGACUAAGAGUAACCACGAUAGAGCUGCUACGGCGGCCUAUUGUAAGCCGCCUAUGCGCCGCGGCGGUGAUGCCACAGCCGAGUACCCUAUAAUGUCUAUGUACUUAUGGAUCUACAUUUACAGAGGUGGAAGAUAUACAGAAGAGGAUGCAAAGAAAAUUGUUGUUGUACACCGAGAUACUGAAAAUCUUGCAUUUCAUGUAUUAUAUUUAUCUAUUUAUUUGGAGUUAAAUAUAGUGAGUACCAUGGCAGAAGGCAGAGAUUUUGUGAAAAGGGUGCUUCAUAGAGAUCAUCGAAAAAGGACAGCUGCCCGGCCACUUUGUCAUCCGUGGCUAAGGGAGCUUAACAUCACAGAUUCACAAUACCUUUAGGCUUUAGAUAUAGUGAUCUACAGAUGAGUGAAGACGAGCCUCUCCUUUGAAAGUUUGUAUGAUUUGUAGGGGUGUGUAUUUUAUAUUAUUUUAGCUCAUUUACCUUGGAACUCAAUUCCAACUUCUGGAACCAAAAGAUGAGUGUGUCUCUCUGAAGGAAUCAAGAGCUACAGAGUACAGACAUGUUGAAUAUGGUGAGAAUUUUUAAGAGUGUAAUCUUGUUAUGAAUGGUAUUUGAAGCUAUCUGCGCAUCGCGAGCGCAGCAUUUGAGGAGGGAAA